AUGUUCAAUCCCAAUAGUAUCAAAACUUUAAGGACUAUGAGUGCAUCUUCUUAACGUUCUACUUAAAAUAAACUAUUAAUGGAAGAAAUUGAUUCUGCUAUUUAAGACUUAAGAGAAUGGAAAAAGAAUGAAAAUCUUGAAUUGAAAAAACAACUUAUGGAAAAUUAACAAACUAAAAAAAUUAUAUAUAAAAGUGGAUAUGAAAUUGAUGAAGAAGAAGAAGAAGAUACACGAUAAGAAGAAUUAUUAUAAUAAUAAGCAGAUUUAAAUAAGAAAUUAUAAAAGAUUAGAUAAGAAUAUAUGAAGGAAUAUCUUAAAAUUCCAAAAUAUAUGGCUAGUGAAUAAAAAACUUAAGAAAUAACACAAAAAUUAUAAGAAAGCUCACAAAGAUUAGAAAAUCUAGAAAACUAUCCAAUUAAUUAAUUAAAUCUUAAUAAACUAGAUGAUGAUAUCUUACUUAAACUUACUUAAUGGAAAACUCAAUUAUCCGAAUUAGAUUAAAUUUCAUAAGAAUAAGAAUCUAUUUAAUAAGAUCCAUAGAAUGAUUAAGUAUCAGCUAAUUUGAAAUAAAAAAUUAAAUAAGAAUUAGAUUAAUUUUAAAAAGAUGAAUAAAAUAUUUCAAAAUAAUAAUUAGAAUAAUAAGAGUUUAAUUAACAUAUUAAAUAAGAAUUGAAUGAUCUUGAUAAAGAUUUUGAUGAAAUAGAUUCAUUAUUAAAUUAAUGCGGAAUCAAGUGA